UCCUGGGCUUGAUUAAUGGCCCCUGCCCGGGACCUUCCAAUGUCUCUCCUUUGUCUGCGUUUUCUAUCUCUGGCUUCUCGGUAUCGUCUGUGGAGGAUAAAUUGGAUGGUGAUCAUUUUGUUGCUUCUGGUAAAAUUAUAAACAAUAAAAUAUCCAUUCAAACUCAUGCACUGAUUGAUACCGGUUGCUCCGGAUUCGCAUUCAUUGAUGAAACAUUCGCGCGCCAUAAGAACUUCCCAUUUCUUCCCCUUAAAUCACCCCGCACUCUUGAAGUCGUUGAUGGACGACCAAUAUCUUCCGGACAAAUUACCCACCUCUGCUACCUACCGCUAUCAAUUGACUCCCACCAUGAAACUAUCCCCUUCUUCGUUACCAAACUCGGCUCGUACCCACUCGUCCUCGGAAUCCCCUGGCUCCAAUUGCACGACGUCACAUUACGGUUUAAGGACAACAGUAUACUGUUCGACUCCGAACACUGCAAACGCAAGUGCAACUCUUCCGAGAUACCCGUUCCCAUUAGAGGGGUUGCACCACCGCCCCGUUUCCACUUCGUCAGUUCAGCUGCUCUUUGUCGCUUUGCUCGAAGGGACAAACUCCAGAUCUUUAGUACAACUAGUGAGGAAAUAGAUCAAACAAUGGGCGAGGCCCCUAAGGAAGACUGGAGAACCCGAGUCCCAACCCAGUAUAGGAGGUUUCAUGAAAUGAUGGAUGAGAAAUUCGCUAAUGAGAUGCCACCUCGCCACCCCUACAAUCAUAAGAUACCGCUUAAGGAAAGGAAAGAGCCCCCUUUUGGGCCACUUUAUGGUAUGUCCCGCGAGGAACUCAUUGUGCUUAAACGAUACAUACAGGACAACCUCCAAAAAGGCUUCAUUCAGGCCAGCUCUUCGCCUGCCGGUGCCCCUGUCCUAUUUGUUAAGAAGGCCAAUGGAACACUCCAUCUCUGUGUCGAUUAUCGUGGCCUCAACGAACUCACUGUCAAAAACCGCUACCAGCUGCCACUCAUCCGGGAAACUCUCGACCGCCUUUCCAAAGCCAAGUAG